AUGCGUCGUCCAACGUUGGGCGCCGGAGACGUCAAGCCGGGCGAGGCGUAUGCUGUCGAGUGGGUCCGCGACGAGGACGUGCACGCGUGCGCACGGUGUGCGACGGCAUUUGGCUUCUUUGUGCGCCGCCACCAUUGCCGCGGCUGUGGCAACGUCGUAUGCGCAGAGUGCGCCGCGACCCGCCGGGAGGUGUACGGGCUUCUUGGUCUCCAGCGUGUGUGUGACGCUUGCUUGACCAACGGCGUCUGGGUCGACCCUGUGGCCCGUCGGGCCCUCGAGAAGCUACAGCAGGAAGAGAACAGUCAAGACGACGAGGCUUCGAGCAGCGACGAGAGCGCUGACGGGUCCAGCAGUGCGUCCAGCAGCUUUGCGGACGAGACGUGGCGCGAUGCCAUGGACGAGGAUGGCGUCUUCCUCCCGCUUGCGCAGUGGGAGUCGUUGGUCACAGAGUGUGUCAUGCAAGACAUCAGUGAGAUCGCACCCAUUGAGGACAUAUCCAGCCUCGAGCCAGCGCUGCCAGCGCGCAUCAAGUCGGUCGAAAGCCAACAACUGGUGACGCCAUCGUCGUCCGACAGCCGAACCCAGAUGCCGACAGCAGACGCCACAACGCACCCAAGCAGCAAGGGGCGGCGGCAAGCGACGACACUGGCUUAA